AUUCUCCCGCUUUGCAUCAAGUAAAAGUUUCCACGGAAAAAACGAAACAAGAUGGUAAAGCACUCAGUGAACUUUUAGAAGAAAUAUCCAUAAAGUACGUGGAACUAACACAUCUACAUAUGGAAACUUGUACACUUCUUGAAACCGAAAAAUUCAAAAAUUCCUGUUUAAUUGAGCAACUCAAUCGCCUUGAAGAAGAACUUUCUGGAAAAGUACCCCCUACAGACUACAAUGACCGUUUAAUGAUUGCAAAAAGGCACGAAAGAUCUUUGGCACAGCAACAGUUGGUCUUACAGGAGCAAAGAGAAUUACUUAAGCUCCGCUUAUCGAAGAUGGAAAAGGAAAAUGAAGAGCUAAAAAAUAUAAUAUGUUACGGCAGAACUACAGAAAGCAAUCAAAUUCCACGCGAAAAAAGUAGCGGAAAUUCGGUAAGUGUUCCUGAAUGUACAGCGAAAUUAAGUAAAACAGAGAAUAACAUUGCAAGUGACAUAAAAGAUUCAAGCAAUCCCGAGACAGUACUUAACGAGAGUAACAACGACGAAAUCAAAGCGUUAACUCAUAAAUGUGCUGCACUGGAGCAACAAUUAGUUAACGUCGCCAAACAAAAUAAGAAAUUUCUCGAGGAGCUUCUAAAAGAACGAGAGAUGACGAGCCAGUUGGCCUCGCAGUUCGAAGAAGUGUCUAAUUUUAUAACUUCGCUUCAUCAAAGUAAAAGGCAAAUAUUGAGUGAACUAGAAAAUGUGAAGGUCGAGAAAGAAAUGCUGGAGCGUAUGCUUUAUAAUAAUACGGAACAGCCCAGAAAAGAAAACUCAGUAUGAAAAUGAAAAUUCAAUUUGUAUAAAUGUUCAAGCAUUUCCCAAAUGUAAAACAAUAGAAAAAGAAUUUAA